UGCUAGAUGAACUUGAGAGCUAUGAAAAGAGGGAGCUUACAGAAGGAGUGUGAGAGGCUUUCCUUCCCAGUUCAGCCCUAUAUAUGAUCAGAUGGCCUGUGAUAGAAAAGUGGUGGUGGUGGCCUGCAAUGGAAUGUGCCAUGUUCUCUUUCCUGCAUGAGGACAGAAGGGAUUUUCUGUGCAUGAAGUGCAAGUUGGUGACUGUGCUGAAGGAAAAGAUUCUUGAAUUGGAGGGGCAAGUUGAGACUCUAAUAAGAGAACUGGAGGAGUUCCUAGACAACCAGAUUCAGGAAACACCAGUACCCCAGGUCUAAGGAAGAAUGGAGCUGGUCACAAGGGAACUGGGGAGAGAGAAGAAGUCAGAGAGAAGGCCUGGCAGUUUGUAACCACCGGAGACAAGAGGUCAUGGCAACAUUCUUCAUGGUUGGAGACAGAUGAGGAUAGAUAGACUAUGGCUACCAGAAAGAAGAGAAACCGGAGAAAUUCCACACCGCUCUAGACAUUUCAAAUCAAUAACAGGUCUUCAGUGUGGAAACUAUGGAAAAUGCCUCUCAAGAUCCAGGAGGUCCAAAGGAAUGGAGAGAUGUAUAGGACACACAUAUGGAUGGCAGCUUGGUCUAACCUGUAGGAAAAUCAAGCUUACCUUUAAAAGAGUUCUCUAACCAUCCAAGGAAGUCGGACCCUUGUGGGAGAUUCAGUACUCAGAAGAACCAAAAGGGAAAGGUGGACAACAGGACAAUGUGCUGCCUUUCUGGAGCCAAAACUCCAGAUGUCCCUCUAGGAUUGGCUAGGCUUCUGAAGCCUACAGGCCAGGAUCCAUUGGUGAUGGUUCAUAUCAUCCCACAACACAGUGUCAUUAGUGCUAUCUUACGGAUACUAGAUGAAUUUAGGGAACUUGGAAUCAUGCAGAAGAAUAAUAAUGUCCAAGUGAUCUUCUCUGAGAUACAUCCUGUCCCAUGACCAAAGGAAGGCAGAAUGCAGAAGAUUCUGGAAGUGAAGCACUGGGUAGUGGAGAGGGAAAAUGUGCAGAAGAGAACCUUUACCAGGUGGAUAAAUCUACAUUUGGAGAAGUGCAAUCCUCCUCUGGAAGUGAAAGAUUUGUUUCUUGAUAUUCAAGAUGGGAAAAUCUUGAUGGCUUUGCUGGAGGUCCUGUCAGGGCAAAAUCUGCUGCAUGAAUAUAAGUCCUCAACCCAUCGUAUUUUUCGGUUGAACAACAUAGCUAAAGCACUGAAGUUUUUGGAGGAUAGUAAUGUAAAACUGGUUAGCAUUGAUGCAGCAGAAAUAGUGGAUGGAAACUCUUCUCUGGUACUUGGACUAAUAUGGAAUAUAAUCCUGUUUUUUCAGAUUAAAGAACUGACAGGCAACCUCAAUAGGAACUCCUCCUCUUCCAGCCUGUCAUCUGGGCCCAGCGGGGCUGACUCAGACACAUCUCAUCCGAGCACUCCUAAUAUAGAGAGAAGCAUGUCUCUUUCAGUGAAGGAUCAGCGAAAAGCAAUCAGAGCCCUUUUAACCUGGGUUCAAAGGAAAACCAGAAAAUAUGGUGUUGCAGUUCAAGAUUUUGCCAGCAGUUGGCGGAGUGGCCUUGCUUUCUUAGCUAUAAUAAAAGCAAUAGAUUCCAACUUGGUAGACAUGAAGCAAGCUCUGGAGAAAUCAGCUCGGGAAAACUUAGAGGAUGCUUUCAGCAUAGCACAAGAUAAUCUUGGUGUUCCUAGACUUCUGGAGCCAGAAGAUAUAAUGGUUGAGUCACCUGAUGAACAAUCAAUUAUGACGUAUGUGGCACAAUUUCUGGAGCAUUUCCAAGAGAUAGAAGGGGAGGAUUUUUCGGAUCCUGAUAAGAAAAUCCCAAUUGAAGCCACGUAUGUCCAAAUCAAAGAUGCAUCUUCAGAACAAGAGGGCAAGAUCUUGAUAUUGAAUGAAAAUGGAGAACGUAUGUACACUGUUAACCAUGAAAGGAGCCACUCUCCUCCUACAAAGGUUUGUGUCCGUGAUUUGCCCGAGGAACUCCAGUCAGAAAUUGCAGAUGAAGAACUUAAUGACAGAUUGAAUCAACCACUAUCAGAUAAUUCACAGAGAGUCUCAGAAGAGUCAUUGGUUUUGUUGUCUGCAGAAGAACCUCAGAGGCCUACCUCUUUGCAGAUUACAGGAUCUGUCAGUUUUGAAUCCAGUUCCUCUUGGGAAGUUCUUAGUGAUAAACUGAUUCAGAAUGAGAGGAGCAUAUCUGAUGAUCAACUGAAACAGAAUGAUGAUCUUUCAGCAACUAUUUUGCCUGAUCAGAAAAAUGCUGUUGACACAGGUGAUUCAGAAUCAUCUUCUAAAGAAGAAUUUACUAUAAAGAUGUCUCCUGAAUGCAACAAUGAAAUUAAGGACUCAUUAGUCAACAAAACAGGGGAUAGUUGUUCUUUGAGCCCAUUAUCUCAGACUUCAGAUGCACAUACAAAUGAACCAACAAAUCUAGUAGAAACCACUGAACCCAUAACUUCAACUUUUCUACAGGAAAAUGCUUCCAAAGAAGAGGAUAUACGUAAAUAUGUUUUGUGUCUACUAGAUGAAGAAAUAUCUAAAAAACUUCCAGACGGGUAUGAACAUCCAGAACAAUCACCUGUUUUUCAGACAGUACAAGAUACCAAUUGUUCAUCCAAGGAUUCUGAUCUCAAAGGUCAAAUGGAAAUAUCUUUGUCUUGCAAAUCUGAAAAUUCAACCCCACCAGUUACAAAAAUUCCUGAGAAUCUCGAUAGUCAUAGUGAAGAUGGAUCUUCAGCUAAAAUGUCAUCAAAUUCUUUGAAAGUUUCUGUAAUUCCCCAUGAUCUUUUCUACUACCCACAUUACAAUGUUCCCAUAUCAGCAGUUUUGGAAGCUUUUGCUAAGCCUAGUCCUGCCUCUUAUGUUUCAGAAAACAGCUCACCACAGACUUUGCUAUCAGUGAAUUAUUUGCAUGAAGGGGAGCCAUUGGUACUAAACAAUGAAGGAGGCAUUCUGGACCCAGGUCUGCAAACCAACCUGAGUGUCUCUCCAGCAGAAAUGGUUGUUGAGGACAUGGAAGAGGAGAAGGUGGAUCCUGACAGUUCCACUAAGUCCUCCUCUGAAAAAGUACAGGCUGCCCGAAUAGGAAAGAAUAUGGAACUCAAGGAAGACGGCAGCAUAUCCACAAACUCUCAAGAUUCUACAAAUCCAGAAAAUCCUGAGGUCAUGGUAGACCAGUUGGAGGAUAUAUCAUCAGCAAUGUUGAGAUCAGAAAUAAGCAGUAAAAGGAAGGAAAAAAGGAAAAAUGUGAUCCAAGCAGAAAACUUUCAGACUUCAGAAACUGGGACUACACAGUUACCUGAUAAACCAAAAGAAGAAAUCAUUGAUUAUCAGGAGUUUUCCAGGGUUAGCUACAGCGACUCCAGUGUUUACCUCCGAAAAAGGAUUCCUAAUCCCAGUGAAAAGGAACAUGUUAGUGAAAAUAAACAGAAGAACACAGACAUGGAUGAAAGCACAAAUCUGUUAAUUAUCAGGAAGAAAAAAGACUUAGAGGCUCCGGAGAAUGCUAUUCCACCUCCUGAACCUCCAUAUGUAGAGCAACCCGAGUUAUUUUACUUCAUUGUUUUCCUCUGGGUGCUGGUCUACUGCCUGUUGCUCCUUCCGCAUCUUGUUAGCAACAAAUUUUGAUUUCUGUGAGUGUGGGAAUAAUAAAAGACAGUGGCUUGAUUUUUUUCA